GCCAGCUGCGGGGAGGAGUCACCCCCGAGCGUGGACGGAGGCCUCGCGGGGUCAGCCCUGGACUCGUCCCACGCAUGGCUGUGUGGGUAUUUGGGGGCCGCCUUGGCCUGCGCGGGCAUCUCGGCGCCUGCAGGCUGCUGUGUCCCCGUUUUCAGAGCCGCAGCUCUCAGGGCGAGGAAGACGGGAACAGGGUGCAGUCAUCCUCGAAGACACCCAAGAUCCCCAAGAUUUAUACCAAAACAGGAGACAAAGGGUUUUCCAGCACCUUCACAGGAGAGCGGAGACCUAAAGAUGACCAAGUAUUUGAGGCUUUGGGAACUACAGAUGAACUAAGUUCAGCUAUUGGGUUUGCCAUGGAGGUGAUCACAGAAAAAGGCCACACGUUUGCCGAAGAACUUGAGAAAAUCCAGUGCACGUUGCAGGAUGUUGGCUCUGCCCUGGCUACUCCACGAUCCUCAGCCAGGGAGGCUCACUUAAGAGGCCUUUCUGCCCCUGACUCCUCAGAACACACGGCCUUCAAGGAAGGGCCUAUCAUGGAGCUGGAACAGUGGAUUGACAAGUACUCCAGCCAGCUUCCCCCACUCACGGCUUUCAUUCUGCCUUCUGGAGGCAAGAGCAGCUCAGCCCUGCACUUCUGCCGGGCCGUGUGCCGACGAGCUGAGCGACGUGUAGUGCCUCUUGUCCAAAUGGGAGAAACGGAUGCAAAUGUGGCGAAGUUCUUAAACAGGUGCUGAAGUGGAGUAUGACUCAGCGAUUACCUCUUCACUGUAGCCAGAUACGCAGCCAUGAAGGAGGGCAGCCAAGAGAAAAUAUACAAGAAACGUGAUGUGUGAGGCAUGUGGAAAUGGUGAGAGCCUCGGAGGCCCGUCUGGAGAGACUGUGGUGUUAACAGAAUGGAAGUGGGGCUGAGGUAGACUUGGGGUCGCCUCACACCCCCUCUCAGACUCCUGCUGGCUUCCCCGGGCUGUGCUCGAACACAUGGGACUGAGCUCCAUACUGCUGGAAGGAAAGGAACACUGAAGGCUACGAAGAGAAGGGGUCACUCAGCUUUGGGACUGAACAUGGGGAAGGUUUGAAUCUCACACUUGGGGGGAGUGUAUAUAAGAGAGAAAGAGACGUUGCUGCCAACUCGGGCUUCUCAAGAAUUUGGAAUGUACCAGAGGCCCCUGGAAAUUACCAGUGCCAACACUGGGCUGGUGACUGCUCCUGUGAGCCACACCACACUGUGUUCUAUUCCACUUGUCACCGCUCCUCACUAUGGAAUGACAUUGCCAGUGGCGCUGUGCCCUUGAGAAGAGGGAUAUUUAUGAAAGGCUGAAGGCAGCCCUGAGAGCUUACGGAUUCCACUCCUGCUGGUAGGUAGUGACUGCGGAAGCACCGGUCAGGGAUGCUGGAUCAGCUCAGCGAUCUCCACUAUGCACCUGCUUGGCUUCCAUGCUAGGUGUGGGUGGACUGGCCUCUAGCUGCCUUCCUUGUUGGUCAGUCAGCAAGCAUUUGACUUCAGCCAAGUGCCCUCCCUCCCACCUUCCUGCUGCUGUUUCAGGCUGGCAGCUACACAUAUAUCUAUCUUCUGGGGUCUUUAAAGGGUAGAUGCCUGGGUAGGAGGAGUACCUCCCCGGGAGGCAGUCCCAUCCAGUGCCAGUGCAGCCACCAUAGUGAGGCACAGAUGAGAUAUGGAGUUGGUGCUGUGUGUGCUAAUGGUGCUUGAAUGUCAUGUUCCGGGCCUGGGGGACGUCGUGUUCCAAGAGCUUGUAGCAGCAGCCCUGUACUCUGCCUACAGCCACCGCUCCUCCUAAAAAGACAAUCUGAACUCAAGGAAAUAGCAGCCUAGACCCCUAGCCUAUGCCUUCAGCAUUCUUGGGUAGCUCUCACGGUAGAUCUCAGCGUUCAGGCUCCAGGCAUUGCCUAGCCUUUUGCAACCGCCCCCAGUCCUCGUGGGGAAUUCCCACUGUGCGCUGGCACAGCUGCCAAACUGUUGCUGUAAGUUGUACCCAUUUAUCACCGACCUCUCUCCACCUGCAUACCUCAUUCCUCGAAAAGACUGCAGGAAGGCUCCCUAUCUUUUAAAAAAAAAUUGUCAAUAGCCGUUUCAUUGAGAUACAAUGCCACCUACCAGAAAUUUCUUUCUAAAAUGGACAGUCCAUUGGGUUUUAUGAUACUGCCCAGUUUUUUGCCACCUCAUAGUUCACACCCGUGAAGAUGGCUCUAAUUUGGGACAGUAUUCACCUUCGUUAGCAGAGGUGCCCUCCUCCCUCCGCAGUGGUGCCUGCUAGUGCUACAGAGGGGCCCCAGGCUCCUGCUAACACUGGACCCCCCACAUUUCUGCAGGAAGGGAAACUGAGGCUCAGAACUGGCCUAGGGGUCUCAUGGCCCCCCUCCCCCACCAGCGCUCAGCAGUCGUUUAAUCACAGCGGUGUCAGGCACUAAGAGAUCUGCCGCCGCGUUGCUCAGCCGAGUUUCCCUAACUGAUGCUCCAUGGCUAUUGUUAGUGUGCCUUUCACUGAGUAAUUUCCCGAGCCUGAACUUGUAGCGCAUCCCGGUGAUAAACGUCCCCAGUUCCGAGUCCCCUGUCGGCUGCAAUGUCACCCUUACCUCCUCCCGAGCACCUCCUGACAGCCCAUCCAGUUUUAUGAUCCCUCUGUCCCAGUGAUCAUGACUGAACCUUUAAGAAUCCAGACGCGUUUCAAGUUUAAUUGAAUAAAAUUCUUUGUAUAAUAAA